AUGGCUGUCCAGGAGGAACGGCAAGGCCUUGAGGUGUCAGUGGAUGAGACUACAUCUCUCCUGCGACAGCACCCUCAUCUCGAGCAACAAUCGCACGACAGCUACAAGACAUUGAUCCGGCAUUCCGAGGUCGAAGCUGCUGAGGAUGUCCAAGACGAGGCAAGCAAGACCGAAAAGCCCUUUCCCAAGGCCAUCAUUCGGACGGUGUUCCCCAUCCUGCUCAUGGGCGUCUUUCUCGCGAAUGGCGACAGCUCCGUGGUGCUCGCCACGAACCAGCACAUCGCUUCUGAAUUCGACGCGUUAUCAUCAGCAGCCUGGCUGUUGACCACCUACACGCUGGCGCAAUGCUCGUCGCAGCCUCUGUAUGGCAAACUCAGCGACAUUUUUGGCAGGAAGAGGAACCUUGCAUUCUGUUGGACGAGCUUCGCUAUCGGAUGUAUGAUCAUUGGCAUCAGCAGGACCUACUGGCAGGUUCUGGCGGGUCGAGCCAUCAGCGGCAUUGGGGCGUCUGGAAUGGUUGCAUUGACCUCGAUUGUGGUUGCCGAUCUCCUCCCUCUCAGGUACGUCGCGCAGUACCGAGCAUACAUCAAUUUCACUGCCACCAUGGCGAGGUCCAUAGGAGGUCCGACGGGCGGGUGGUUGGCUGGCAGCAUCGGCUGGAGAUGGUGCUUUGUCGCGCAGUGUCCGCUGGCUCUGUGCGGUCUUGCCCUCGUUCUCUGGCGGCUCCCCGAGCACAAUCAGCCUGACAGCACCGAGAACUCAGCAGAGGGGGAAGAAGAGAGCAAAGCCGGGUCUAAACUCGCCCGCAUCGACUUUCUCGGAGCCUUUGCGUUGAUGGGUACGGUGUUGACCUGCCUUCUAUCUCUCGACCAGGGUACCAAGGGUAUGUCGUGGCAUUACCUGGUGCCGCUGGUCUGCGCCUUCGUCGUCUUCGCAACCACAUUCAUUGUCGUCGAGAAAAGCUACGCCAAAGAGCCGAUCUUGCCGCUGCAGCUGAUCUCGAAGCGCGACGUCUUCACUCCAUACCUCAUUGUCAGCUGUCAAUCAGCAGGCCAGUUUGGGCUUCUCUACGGCAUCCCGAUAUACUUCCAAGUCGCCGCGGGCGAGUCCGUCUCUCGAGCGGGCAGUCGGAUCGUGCCCGUGGUGAUUGGCAACGCCACGGGCACCCUCCUCGGCGGCCACCUGAUCAGCAAGACCAAGCGGUACAAGUACCUCACCGUGUGCGGCAUCUGCUGCUCCCUGACGUGCUUCACCCUCAUGUGCCUGCGCUGGCACGGCGCCACCAACUGGGCCGAGUCGUGCUACGUCUACCUGGCCGGCUUCGGCAUGGGCACCACCCAGUCCACCACCUUCGUCCACCUCGCCGCCAGCCUGGAACACGCCGAGAUCGCCAUCGCCGGCACGACGUGGUUCCUCGCGCAGAGCUUCGGGUCGCUGGUCGGCGCCAGCUUCGCGACUGCCCUGAUGCACCGCGUGCUGAUCUCCACCCUCGAGAGGAACCUCGCCGGGUUGGAGGACAAGGUCACGAUCAUUCGACGCGUCACGUCGAGCGUCGCAUCCAUCCACAAACUGCCAGAAGGCAUCCAAAAGAUCGUGGCCGAAGCCUAUAUCACCAGCUUGGUGAAUUCAGAUGGACUUUCCAUCUUCUUUGUCUCUUGUGCGUUGAUGGCCACCCUGACCUUGAGAGAGCGGCCUUUGUGA